UACAUACACCAGUUAACCUCUGCAAUUUUCCACGGAGAAAAAUGCAAGGAAGAGAAGGAACUUUUUCCAGAGACAAACACGAGAGAGAGAAGUAAACCAUUUUGUUUAUUUAAAAAGAAGAAGAAGAAGAAGUAAACCAUUUUCCAAGUUGAUGGGGGGUGUUCUGCUGACGACAUUUCGUAAGAUACUUCUUCGAACAUUAACUGAAAAGAGAACCUUAAAGUUACUCUUUUCCCGACGUACCCUCAUCACAAUGCCGUGCUUCACAAUUACUUUUUCUCGUAUAAAAACCCGCCUGUCAAUAAUCAACUCGUUUCUCUUCAACACAACCUUUUCUGAGAUUCAAUCACCACCUACGUUUCUCUUCCCCAUUUUAUUUAUAUCACGACCACCCUUUUGUGAUCUUUGAUAGAUAGAAAACACAAGUGCAUAACCCACUUCCCAAUUCACCGUUUUUCUCUCUUCAACACUUACCUUAAUGUGAUUGCCUUAAUGUGAUCUCUGACAGAAAGAUACAAACUUCAGUCCACCAUAUGGAUCAGAGGCAUUCAAGGGAAGGAGAGGGAAUCAGCAGCAUUCACAUACAAGUUCCAGAAACCAAAGCGCUGAGUGGAAUGAGCAGCACAAAAGGCCCCCCCUCAAUGUCUGAACCGCGAGAACUUGGCAACGCUGAAGAUCGAGCGUCUCCAAAAGCCUCCACGAUGCGAGCACCAGAGAAGAAGCUGACUCUCUUUGCUCUGAGACUCGCAGUGCUUGAAAAAUCAGCAACAGGUUUAGGAACGCUUGGAUUCAUAUGGGCCACUGUGGUUCUUCUUGGUGGUUUCGCUAUUACCUUGGACAAAACCGAUUUCUGGUUCAUCACAAUCAUUUUGUUAAUUGAAGGGACUAGGAUUUUCAGCAGAAGCCACGAGCUUGAGUGGCAGCACCAAGCCACAUGGUCUCUGACUGAUGCUGGAUUCUAUAGUUUCAGGAUUCUGAGUUCUAGUUCAAGAUUCUUCUUUCAAAGUAUAAAGCGUCUUUUCAAGCCAGUGAAGAAGAGUAAGCAGAACCAGAGAGAAAUAAAGGAGGAGGAGGUUAAUGGGGUAACACCUAAGAAGUGGGACACUCCUAGGACACCAACUAGGACGUGGACAAGCUCAGAUGUUCCGUUUCUGCCAUAUGCCAAAUGGGUUUUUGCUGCUAGCAAUAUCAGUAAGAUUCUUUAUUGGCUCCAGCUUCUCUCUGCUUCAGCUUGUGUGGUUCUUUCGUUGAUAAAACUUGUCAAGCAUAACUAUGGAGAUAUAGAAAAGGGAGACUCUGAUAAAAGAAAUAGAGCAUCUGCUCUGAAUAUCUUCUAUGCAUUAGCUCUCGCUGAGGCUUUGUUGUUUCUGAUGGAAAAAGCUUACUGGGAAUGGAAGGUUAGCUAUUGUAAGCUUUUGGAAGAGGUGAACGCUGAAUGUGAAUUGGAGCAAUCAGGAAUAGUGUCAAUUAGAAGAUUCUUUUAUGAUGCCUAUUCAAGAUGUAUCAAUGGAAGCGUAUUUGAUGGCUUAAAAAUGGACAUGGUUAGUUUUGCUAUGGAACUUCUGUCUUCAGAAUCCCCCGAUGAGCAGCUCAUCGGGGCGAGGAUCCUUCGCCAGUUUGCCAAAAGCUGUCAGUUUUCUGAUGAUACACUGCAAAAGAUUGGGAUUUCUAUAUCAGUAAUUGAAAGAUUGGUUGAGAUGCUGAAUUUGACAGACUAUAAAGAAGAAGAAUUAAGACAGUCAUCUGCAGAAAUUUUGACAAGACUUGCCGGCAAGAGGCAGAAUUCUCAUAGAAUAGCAGGAAUUCCAGGAGCAAUGGAAUCUAUAUCUUCUCUUCUCCACAAUAACAGGAACCAUAUUCCUGCAGCUGAUGAAAUUGGAGAGAAGAAACUCAUCUUUGAUCAUCCAAAUUAUGGUUUUUGGACAUUCAACCUUCUGGGACUAGCAAUUCUGAAAAGACUUGCUCGUGAUCAUGAUAAUUGUGGAAAGAUUGGAAAUACCAGAGGCCUGUUACCAAAGAUCAUAGACUUCACACAUAUUGAAGAAAGGACAUUGAAGAAUGAAACUGUUCUUGAUUCCCAAAUAAAGACGGUCAAGAGAUCUCUACAGUUGGUGAAGAUGCUGGCCAACACAACAGGCACUAACGGGAAGCUUCUUAGAAAAGAGAUUUCUGAGAUAGUUUUCACAAUCAGCAACAUCAGAGAUAUACUAAGGUAUGGAGAGAAACAUCCCGAGUUACAGGAACUUGGGAUAGGGAUUUUAACCAGUCUAGCAUUGGAAGAGGAGGCAACAGAGAGAAUUGGAGGUACUGGUGGGGUGCUCAAGGAAUUGUUUAACUUGUUCUUCAAAGUAAGUCGGAACCGAGUGAUGACUGUUGCUGGCGAGGCCCUGGCAAUGCUGGUAUUAGAAAGCAAAAGUAACUGUCAUCGUGUUUUAAAGUUGAAAGUAUUGGGAAGGCUUGUGGAAUCGUUGAAAGAUCCAUUGCUUCGCGUCAAUGCUGCUAGAAUUCUAAGAAAUUUAUGUAUCUAUAGUGGAUCAGAAUACUUCAACCAGCUAAAGGAAGUAACAAAUGCAGCGCCCACAAUUCUUCGAGACAUCUUGUUGGAAGAGAACAAGGUACAAGAAGUGAUGGUUGGACUGGCAGCAUAUGCUUUCAAGUUUCUGAGUUCUGAAGAAUCAAGCAUUGUAUAUGAAGAAGCUGGAACUACAGAGGUUCAAAUAGCAUAUAAAAUGAUCCAGAUUCUGCGGAAACACCAAUAUCCGCCAACCAAGGUACCAAGGAUAAGGAGGUUUGUGAUAGAGUUGGCCAUUUGGAUGAUGAAAGACAAACCAGAAAACAGAACUACCUUCAAGAAUCUGGAGAUGGAGGAGGUGUUGGAGUGUGUAUUAGAGACUACGUCAGAGCUUGAAAGCUUCAAUGUCUUCUCCGGUACAGUUGGACUGAACAGGCACAAUACAACAAUUCAUUCACUGGUUGAGACAGCAUUGAAGCUGAUGGAAGAUAGGUAAAAAACAAAAAAAAUGGAACACCCUUAUUCAUUUUAGCUCAGAAAUAAUUGUAGAUGUUUGGAAUACUCUCGUUGAUUCUGCGAGAAUGCGGGUAACUCUAAGCACGCAUGCUUAGUCUCAUUUAAGAUACCAUAGCAGUGGCCUCCUCCAUCACCCCAAGAACCUAUAAAUUUUCAUUGUAACUCGUUGCACCUACUUUUAACGCACAACUUGACUCAUGUAACGUGCGCAUUCCUGAUAUUUUGAAUUUGUAUUUAUUUUAAUAAUGAUUUGAAGGCCACUGCUAAAUGAACACUUAUAUGCAGAAAA